CAGACAUGUCUGACAACGAAGAGAGCGACAAGAAAAGCGGUUACCGUCUCGAGUACGCGGGCAGCGCACGCGCCAAGUGUAAAGGACCUAAGCCAUGUGCUGGGACACCCAUUCCUAAAGGCGCGCUACGUUUCGGUUCUAUCGUCGACUUCAAGGGGAACACCUCUUUUGCAUGGCGCCAUUGGGGCUGCGUCACCUCCAAGGUCAUCGAGAACAUGAAGGGCCAGUUUGAGAAUGCCGACGAGCUCGACGGCUUCGACGACCUCAAGGAGGAAGACCAGGAGCGCAUCCGCAAGGCCUGGGAGGAGGGUCACGUUGCUGAUGAGGACAUUCCCGAAUCCGCGCGCAAUCCUGCCGGGGAGGACGAGGAAGAAGAGGAUAGCGAGAAAGUUGUGAAGAAGAAGGCCGCGGCCAAGGAGAAGAAAGUCAAGGAGGAUAAACCUGGCAAGUUCAAGCUCGAGUACGCAUCAUCCGGUCGUGCCAAGUGCAAGGAUGGAUGUGGCGAAACUAUUGGUAAAGGCUACUUCAGGCUCGGGCAUGAAGUCGACUUCCGGGGCAACAAGUCUUUCUCCUACCAGCAUUGGGGCUGUGCUCCCGCAUCUACGAUCGAGAAGCUGAAGACCUCGUGUUCCAAGCCUGAGGAGAUCGAGGGUUUUGACGAGCUCAAGGAAGCUGAACAGGAAAAAGUUAAAUGCGCCUGGGACGAGGGCGCAAUCCCUGAGAAGGACCAGGGCCCAGGCGAGCCUAUCGUCACCGAGAAGAAGAAAGCCCCAGCCAAGCGGGCGAAGAAGGACGAUGGUGAGGAGAAGCCCAUGAAGAAGAGGGCAAGGAAGGCGAAGAAGGACGAGGAUGAGGACGAGGACGAGGGUGAGGACGAGGAAAGGUCUAAGAAGCGGCCUAGGAAGACUAGUAAGUAUGAGGACGAUGAGGAUGAGGAUGAAAAACCCAAACCCAAGCGCGGAGCGGCUAAGAAGGCAGCCCCUGCGAAGGAGAAGGCCGCACCUAAGAAGCGGGCAUCGAAGAAGAAGCAAGACUCAGAGGAGUCCGGCGAGGACUUCGGCGCUGAAAUCGACGCCGUGAGCGGCGACGAGGAAGAGGACGAGGAAGAAGAGUCUAAACCCAAGCGUAAGCCUGCCCCCAAGAAGUCAUCCGCCCCGCCGUCUAAGUCGAAGCCCGCCUCGAAACCAGCGCCGCGCAAAAGAAAACAAGAGGCAGUUGAGGAAGAAGAUGAGGACUAAUCUUCUUUGAACCUCCACGCAUACCCGCAUGCUUAUCGUUUAUUCCUGUGUCCGGCUGGUCAUCGGGUCGAAGCCUUGGACAUUGAUUUUUUUGCUAUUGUAUAUGUAUAGCGUAAGCUCCCGCGAUUUCGACACCCCUCUGUAAUAUCAGCCG